AUGAGCCUGAUUUGAGAAGUUAAUUAUUAAAUAAGCCAAUAUUUAGAGUUUACUCAACAUGAACUUCUGAAAAUCUUUUCCGAAUAAUUUUUUAUGGGAUAAAUACAUUUUCUAUUUCCAAACUAUUAAGAGUUUACAUUUUAUGUAUCAAACUAUCAAAAUUGACACAUUAAACUCUCAAAUUAUUAUUAACUGAUACUUUGUGUUCUCUUAAAAUUCAGUCGUCAAGAUUGUGUGGCUUGAGUUAUUUUUCAUCUAUCUUAGAGGAUGUAUGUAAAGUGCCAUCUUGUUUUUUCAGUUUGAAGGUCCAAUACGUAUGUUUUGAUCAUUUUUCUAGGUAAAGUCAAAAACUUAUCGAUAAAUUACAAUUGUUUUAAUCAUGAGAUUUACUAUAUAUCAGUCACUAUUCAUUCUCACACUCAACAUCUAUAACUUUUUCAUAGGGUGUGUGAGUGUUUUUCAUAUAGUAUGAGAGUAUUUUUUAUAGGGUAUGGGGUGGUGAAUAGUGGCUGAUGAGAAGAAUUUUUGUUUAAUCAACACAUUUAUAUACUACUAAAAUAUGAAACGCUGUCGUGUCUAAGGUGUCCAGAGCGUAACCGACUUAUAUUUGGACAGAUGUCAACAGUGCCUCCUCGCAAAUCAACGGCUAUUUCUAUUCUCAACGGAAUUUUGAAUUUUAAACACCCACACCGAGACAGUUACAUAUAACUGCAAGGAAAACUGAAUGAUCGCAAUUCCUCCCACUCUCUAAAGCCCCAUUUGAAGAGUUUCUUCUUCUUCUAUACCCCUAACUCCGUCGUGUUAUAGAAACCCGGAGGGAGAAGGAAGAACUUCGGAACUCAACAAGCUUUCUCAGAGCAAGAUAAGGCCUUUGAUUUCUCCAAGUUCUCUUGGAGCAGUAAUUCAAAGGGAAACAGUGGAUCCUUAGAGGUCCCUCCAAAACUUCAAUCUUUCAAGGGUGGGUACUGCAAAUUCUUUCAAGGAUGAAUGAUCUUAUGACACAAUCGUUCUUAAGUUAUGUGGAACUGAAGAAACAGGCCCAGAAGGACCUUGAAGCAGAUCUUGAUAUUGAAGCAGGCCAACUCAACCACACUGAGGAACAGAACCUCUCUCAGUUCUUUCAAGAAGUUGGAGUAAUUAAGGGUGAAAUGGAAGAGAUAACCAAUCUCUUGUUUGAUCUUCAACACUUGAAUGAAGAGACAAAGUCAACCCACAGUGCUAAAGUUCUUCGAGGGCUAAGAGAUCGAAUGGACUCAGACAUGGUUGCAGUUCUCCGAAAAGCCAUGAUUGUCAAGGCAAGGCUAGAAGCGCUUGAUCGAUCCAAUGUGACCAAUCGCACGGUCUCAGAAGCAUAUAAAGAGGGAAGUCCUGUCGAUAGGACAAGGAUAUCUGUAACAAAUGGUUUGAGAGUCAAACUUAAGGAAAUGAUGAAUGAUUUCCAAUCCUUGAGAGAAAAUAUUCUUUCAGAUCAUAAGGAAGAUCUCAAGAGGAGGUACUAUACUGCAACCGGCGAACUACCAAGCGAGGAGGUUAUUGAAAAGAUGGUUUCAGGGGCUGUGAAAGUUCAACUAUUUGAAGGGAAAACUGAGACGAAUUUGAGGAGUAAAGAGAGGCAUGAGGCUGUGAUGGAUAUUCAGAGGAGCUUGAACAAGCUUCAUCAGGUCUUCCUUGACAUGGCUGUUCUAGUUGAGACACAAGGUGAAAAGAUUGAUGAUAUCGAAGAGAACUUGGCCAAUGUGGGUAGCUUUAUCAAUGGUGGAACUAACAGUCUUUACUAUGCCAAUCAAAUGAAGAAGAAGAACAAGAAAUGGGCUUGCUGGGUUUGUGCUGUGCUGCUGAUUAUACUGUUGGUGUGCAUCAUUUCUAUGCUAGCUUCUUGAAGGGAAAAGGUCAGAAAAUCAUUUGUAGACUGCAAAGCAGCUCAUGGUUUCUGACGCCCAAGUGAGGGGGUUUUCUGUUUAAAUUAAUCUCUAAUUGAGCUGUUCUGAGCUCAUAGAGGGGUUGUUUUCUUUUUGCUGCUUUAAUGGAUUUUGCCUUGUUAGAUAUCAUUUUACCAUUUUGGUAGAAUGAUUCCUGUCUGAUAUGCUGUUGUGUUCGCUUAACUGGUGGCAAGAUUUAAUGAGAAAUAGAUUUUCUAAAUUGAAUUGAUUAAA